CUCGUCCUACUUGAAGAGACUCUGUCACAACCCCGCUACAGAACGGAAACGAAGAGACCCUGCGGACCGGAAAUGUUCGAAGCAGGUCUAAAGUGACAGUAGUCGAAAGGCAGCGCCAAGGAUCAUGCGACGCGGUGCCCUCAAAGUCGAGACGUGCCGGAUGAUCUACAAUUUCUCCGAAUGCAAUUGACCCCUCGACGUCUCCGUCCAGGAACAACAUAUCAGUCGCGGCAGGGUUGCACGACAGCCACCCAUGGCAGUCAAAGCUCUCCGCGAAGCCCCUCGCGACUUAUCCGACAUCGCAGCGCAGGAAGAAGGCCUGAUCUUGUCGCAUUUCACCGCGGACGAUGCCCUGGAAAUAGGCUUGUCGAUCCGCCAUCGCCUUCGCGCCCUCUCGCAACUCUCAGCCGUGAUCAACAUCUCGCUAGCCAACAGUGACAAUGUCUUGUUCCACGCCGUCUCACGCCCGGGCGUUCAACCCGAUAAUGAUCUGUGGGUGGCCCGCAAACGAAAAACAGUCAAGAGGUGGGGCGUGAGCAGCUGGUUCAUGCACAAUAAGAUGCAUGGCGACGAGGAAGCGUUCAAGAAGAAGUAUAUGCUCGGCGAGGCGGCGGGGCAGUAUGCGAUCCACGGAGGCGGUGUGCCCGUCAGAGUACGCGGCGUCGAGGGCAUCGUGGCGGUCAUUGUUGUUAGUGGACUGAAACAGCAUGAGGAUCAUCAGAUCGUGGUGGAAGCGCUGGAGGAGUUCAUCGAGGCGACGCGCAACGAGACGGGACAGUAAUCCUGUGUGGCUCUAC